GUUCAGAUGCGCAGUUGACUCUGUCCAAGGCUAGAAGAGCUCAAGACUGGAAAGACUGGCAGAAACGAACGAGAUUAAGGACAUCUGUGAAAGCCUUAAGAAUUACUGAGAUUAUCUGCAAACUACAAAAACCGCACGUGAAGGAGGUGUAAGGGCUUCCGAAAACAGAAUACGCUGUAGCCUAGGUUAUCAAUUGAAGGAAGACAAGACUAAAGGAACCAGAGUCACAGGAUCUACUUUGCGAGCGAGAGGAUCUCCACAGGCUGGGUUAUUUCUGAUUGUGUACAUACACACAUACAUAUGGCAGAGCCUCAACUUUUAGACGUGCGGAACCGAGAGAGCAGCGGCAGCAGCAACAGCAGUCAGAGUGGCGACCAUGUGGAGGUCAGCACAGAGACGAGAGCCCACGCUGCCCCGGAGACAGGCUCGCCCCCCAGCCCCCCGUCGCCCGAGGACACCCUGGACGCCCGCCGCAGUCACAGCACCUUCGCCCGAGCCCUGCGCGCAGGCCUGCUGAAGAAGAACCAGGACUACGUGCGCAUCAAGAUCUCCAGGAGCCGGAGCCGGAGCCGGAACGCCGGGGCCCAGUCCCGCGGGCGAGGCAUCCUGGCGCAGACGUCCGAGCCCCUGCCGCACGAGUGGUGGAAGACGGGCGUGGCGUUCGUGUACGCGUGCUCCUGUCUGGUGCUCACCACGGGCGUGAUCACCAUGGUGCACGAGCGCGUGCCCAGCCAGAUGCCUCCUUUGCCGGACAAAUUCUUCGAUCUGUUUCCCCGCAUGCCGGGAGCCUUCCACGUCACGGAGAUCAUUGGCAUGUUGCUGGUCGGCCUGUUCCUCAUGCACUUCCUCUUCCUCAAACAUAGGGCGAUCGUUAUCCGGCGGUUCUUCUUCCUGCAGGGGACUCUGUAUCUGUACCGGUGCGUCACCAUGUACCUCACCGUCCUCCCUCCACCUGGCGAUCACCUGAACUGCGCUCCCAAGCUGUAUGGCGAUGCCCAGGGCAAAGUGUACCGUAUGCUUAAGAUGAUGUCUGGAGGAGGCCUGUCCAUCACCGGCUCCCACAUCAUGUGUGGAGACUACCUGUACAGCGGCCACACCGUCAUGCUCACCCUCACCUUCCUCUUCAUCAGGGAAUAUUCCCCACGCUACCUGUGGUGGUAUCACCUGAUUUGCUGGUUGCUAAGUGCUGUCGGCUUGGUCUGCAUUCUGCUGGCACACGACCACUAUGGCAUUGACGUGGUGGUGGCCUACUUCAUCACCACCAGGAUAUUCUACUGGUACCACACAAUGGCCAACAACAAGGCCAUGCGAGGGUCGCCACACAACUACCUGAGCAACACGUGGUGGAACCCAAUCUUCAACUUCCUGGAACAGAACGUGCGCACCACGGUUCCCUGCACGUUUGCCUGGCCCAUCCCAAUCCCGUCUUCCUGGUUUGAGAAUCCUUGCCGGAGGUACUCUAUGGUACAGAGUACACAGGAGGAGUGAUUUAAUGUGAACACAGACACACACACAACACACAUAUACUUUUGCACCUUGUUGGCCACUAUUCUUUACAGACUUGAACUUUGCUUACGAAGACUAAGGAGACGUUAUGUUGAAGAUGCUGGACUAAAAAAAACAAUUGUUGGAAGAAGUCUGAUUCUGUCUGAGACUGAGCUUGUACACCCUGCCACAGAAAUACAGUCAUUAUUAGUGUUUUAGAUGUUGUGGACCAUGCUAGAGCACACCUUUUCAGCUACACACACAUUGUACCCACAUAGACUUUAAUAUGAAUACAUACACACACACAGGCUUGUAAGGCCACACACACACACACACACACACACACACAGAGUUGUGACUUCAGUUUGGUACUGCAAGGCACCUCAGCCUCAUGUAAAACUGUUACCAUAGUGAUGUGAGGAGUCACUCUCAGUCCACUGCAGGACAAAGCAGUGAUGACUUCACGGAAAAGGGGUGGAGCCUUUCACGCCGCUACACGUCAACCAAUAAUGACCUCAGAAUGCUGGCUAGGCCCGGUGUUUCACGUCCUUGUGUGCAAUGCACGUGCUUUGAAUUAUUUUACUGAAAAAGGAUGUUUUUUUACGUUUGUUGGCUAUUUUAUUUUGACUGAUGUUUUUGUAUGAGGUUCUAAUUAAGUUAAAAAUGUUAUAAUUGCUUCACGUAUGCCUUAAUAAUUAAAGUACUAUUUUUUAUAAAGUUA